AUGUACAUCACCACUCUGCCUGUUCCAGGGAUGCACUUCCAAUGCUCUCCAAAGGUUUGUAUCCUUCCAAAUCCAAGCCACAAUAUGCUGCAAGUUGCUAACACACUGUGACCUACCAGUGCCCACAUCUAUUUCCAUAAUUGAUGUGUCAUUGCUAUUAUAGCAGUGAUCUGACUUUCUGGGCUAUUGUUGCAUAUAAACAUUACAGUUGUAUCUUAACAACAAAACCCCCUUAAGGACAAACUCAUCAGAAAGUGAUCUAGUCCUUAUUUUCAAGUUAACGCCCCCUAGUCCUCUUCACGAUAUAUUGAUCACAUGAAAAAUAUAAAAAUUAUUAUUCUGUUGCAUGCGUGUAUCAUUUUAAAAGAGCUAUUUUGAAACCGCUUGAGUGCUCAUCAGGGUAGGCACGAGUUUCCUGUUUCUAUUUUAGCUUCUCGCAUUCUAACCCUGUGACCAAAGACCCAGAGGAAGAAGGGGUAAGGUUAUACAGAUGUAGCAUGUGUGGUUUAAAUGUGACUCAUCUCAAUACUAUACUUCUCUUUUGAAAUAUCGAGGAAUGGAAGUCAAAAUGGUAGCCCCCCCCACCACAGAACAAAGUGGUGGGUGGGAGUUCAGUGUAUACAAAUGUUCCCACUCCCUCUGUUGCCCAAGGCCAGUGGGAGAGAUGUGUACUGUUCCCUCCUUCAGGCCUCCACCUCUCCUCCCCUCCUCCUCUCUUCCCCGCCUCCUCUCUUUCCCUCCCAGCAACAGAUGAAGGCCUUUCUGUGUACUGUCAUGCCCUGGGCCUGGUUUCCUGUUCUAAACCUCUAUCUGAAGAGGUUGUUUGGGAACUGGGAGGCUCCGAUGAGGAGGAUCAUGAAACUGAUUGCCGGCGGAGGCUUGUCAAUCACUGACUCCCACACCAUGUGUGGAGACUACCUGUAUAACGGCCACAUAGUCAUUCUAACGCUAACUAUCUCUUUAUCAAAGAGUGUAAGUAUUACAUACACACGGCCAUGCUUACGCUAACCUAUCUCUUUAUCAAAGGGUAAAAGAAGGCUACAGCUUUAUCGUCAUGCUGACGCUAUCCUAUCACUUUACUCUAUUACUAUAAGCUUCAUUCCCUGUCAAUUCUUUCACCUUUUCUCUGUUCUCCUCUCUUUCACAAUCUGAGAUUACCAGUUAGCUGUUUUCCACUGCUCAGUACAAAGGUUUUAGAAUUGCAGAAACAACUUGCUCAAUAAAUAGUGAGAUUAGCCGAUUUCUUGUGUACAUUUCUGUGUAAACAUGUAGUUCAACUGUACUGUUGUGACAUUAGCCAUGUGGUUUAUGCUGCAGUGACGUCUAGUGGAUGGUUGUAAAAGUCUGGUUUGAAAGACUACACAGUAUUAUGUAAAUGCAUUUCAUUGUUGAUUAUUGAAACAAAACCAUGGCUCUGUCGUAGCCGGCCACGACCGUGAGGCCCAUGGGGCGGCGCACAAUCGGCCCAGCGUUGUCCAGGGUAGGGGAGGGAAUGGCCGGUAGGGAUGUAGCUCAGUUGGUAGAGCAUGGCGUUUGCAACACCAGGGUUGUGGGUUCGAUUCCCAUGGGGAGCCAGUAUGAAAAAAUAAUGUAUGCACUCAUUAACUGCAAGUCGCUCUGGAUAAGAGUGUCUGCUAAAUGAUUAAGAAUGUUGUAAAAAAUGUAUCUCCUUAUAUUCCAUUAAACCUUCACUGUUUCUCUCUGUUGUAGGAUUCCCCUAAGAGGUUUUGGUGGUACCACUGGUUUUGCUGGACUCUGAGUGCAGUGGGCAUCUUCUGCAUCCUGCAGGCCCAUGACCACUACACUGUGGAUGUGGUGGUGGCCUACAAUCUCACAACACGCCUCUUCUGGUGGUACCACACCCUGGCCAACCAGCAGGUGGGGGGCUAACACAUACAGUACCAGUCGACAGUUUGGACACGCCUACUCAUUCAAGGGUUUUUCUUUAUUUUUUACUAUUUUCUACAUUGUAGAAUAAUAAUGAAGACAUCAAAACUAUGAAAUAACACAUAUGGAAUCAUGUAGUAACCAAAUAAGUGUUAAACAAAUCAAAAUAUAUUUUAUAUUUGAGAUUCUUCAAAUAGCCACCCUUUGCCUUGAAGACAGCUUUUCACACUCUUGAUGUAUUCACUAUUAUCCUACAAUGUAAAAAAUAGUAAAAAAUAAAGAAAAACCCUUGAAUGAGUAGGUGUGUCCAAAUUUUUGACUGGUAGUGUACAUAUUUUUAUUUUUAUUUAUCUGAUGUUGAUGUAGCUUAUUCUGUGAAGUUCCAUUUAUUUAUUUUAUCUGUUUUGUUAUCAUUCAGGCGCUGAAAGAGACAUCCCAGAGCAACCUGUUCUCCAGAGUCUGGUGGUAUCGACAGUUUCAGUACUUUGAGGAGAACGUCAAGGGUAUUGUCCCUCGGAAUUAUCAGCUGCCGUGGUCAUCAUGGCGAUCGUCUUCCUGGAGCCGGUGGAUGAAGUACAGCAGACUGGACACCCAGUGA